GUCUCAUCCAUAUAAAUUUAUCCUACGCGCCUGGGGUAUUGGGUCAAAGGUUGGUUACUCGCAGGCUUGACCUGUCUCCACACCGUCGGCAUCAACAACCGCUCAGAACAUAUCUGAUAUCAUCAUCAUACUCUGUCUUUGGACGAUCGUAACCCACUCAUCCAAUCAGUCUCUUCCGGAUUCAACCAUACUAUCACCUAGGACACCAUGAGCUCCUUGCACAACAAUAGCAUUGAGUCCAAUUCCGAAAAGCAGAUUGUUUUGAAUCUGAGCCCGAGCCCGAGCCUGAGCCCGAGAGACCGAGCGCGCAUUCUGCGCAAAAUUGAUUGGCAUCUAUUACCUUUCGUGACUGUAUUUUACCUUCUCUCGUUCUUGGACCGGGCCAAUGUUGGAAAUGCGAAGGUCGCCGGCAUGGCCACAGACCUGAAGUUGACCGGCUUCAGGUACAACAUCGCUGCAGCCGUCUUUUUUAUCCCGUACAGCUUUGCUGAGGUCCCGUCGAACAUAGCACUCAAGCUAUUCAGGCCAUCACGCUGGAUACCGUCUAUCAUGGUCGUGUGGGGUGUUGUAAUGACCCUUAUGUGUCUUGUCAGAUCAUAUCAAUCUCUCGUUGUAGCUCGAACGUUCCUCGGUUUCGCAGAAGCAGGAUUAGCUCCUGGAGUGAAUUACUACAUCUGCCUUUGGUAUCCGCGUUCUGAACGAUCCAAACGCAUUGCCAUAUUCUUUUCCUCAGCAUCACUCGCAGGCGCCUUCGGUGGGCUCCUAGCGUAUGGUAUAGAGCGCAUGGAAGGAGUCGGAGGAUUGCAUGGUUGGCAAUGGAUUUUCUGCUUGGAAGGCAUUGCCACUGUCCUCGUCGCAAUCCCCUCUUUUUUCUACAUGCAUGAUUAUCCUGAAACGGCCAAAUUUUUGACCGAAUCAGAGAGAUCAUACAUCAUAGAUGUGCUCAAACAGGAUUCCAAUAAACUUUCCUCUCGCUUCGACACUCGAUUCAUCUGGCAAGCCAUAAAAGAUUACAAGACCUACGUCCAAAGUCUCAUUUAUUUAGGGUUGCUCGUCCCUGGUUAUGCCAUUGCCCUAUUCUCGCCAACCAUCAUCAACGAGCUUGGCUACUCUGCUGCGAAUGCCCAGCUACUCUCCGUCCCGCCAUUUGCUGCUGGCUGUAUUGGAACAAUCAUAUUUGGCAUCUAUUCUGACAAGCACAAUCUUCGUGGUCCGUACAUCAUUGGUGGCGCGCUUGUUUCUCUUGUGGGAUACAUCUUGCUAUAUUGCAGCGUACGAGCGGGCCCCUCGUACGUGGGAGCUUGUCUGGCUGCUGCUGGAGUUUAUCCAACCGUCGCGGUUGCUCUGGCUUGGGCAGGCUCUAGUGCAGGAGGCGAUUUAAAACGUGGAGUUGUAAUAGCAAUGGUCAUUGGUCUUGGUAAUUUCGGAGGUAUUUGCUCCUCCUUCAUUUACAUUGAUCCGCCACGCUUCCACAUCGGGCACGGUACGAUCAUGGGAUUCCUUUCUCUCGCGAUCAUAAUGAGUCUCUUUGCUAUGUGGGACUAUAAUCGGCUGAACAAAAAGAAAGAAGCCCAGUGCGAGGCGGAAAACAUUAGCGAUGAUAGAGGAUAUGAAUUUGAGGAUAUGGGCGAUGACAGUCCCCUUUUUAGGUACACCAUAUGAGAUCACAGCUAAAUCGAGCUGCCCCUUUGAAGUGCUCUUUGAUUGCACCGCGCGAACGCAAAUGACGUAACGGAUAUCGAUACCAGAUUGGUGACUUGAUGGACUGCCAGGAUUCCAGGAAGCUGACAUCUCGGGGUUCGGUGGAGUUAUAAAGCAGUGAAGACAGUAACCAUCGAGUUACGUCUCGACUGACAAACGCAUAGGUAAUUCUGGAGGUAAAGGAAGGACUCGGACAGCAGGCCAAGGACCAUGUGAUUCUGUCAUGGAGGACAAUACUAUCGCUCAAAUGUUUGUAAUGUGUCCAUAGUGAUCUCAUUAAAACGAAUAUAAGUUAGAUAAAAUGAA